AUGUCUGCUCGCAGCGAAGACGGCAGCACCCUGGGUGAAUCUGCCUACGAGUUUAUCGACACGGACACCGAGAGCCGCGAUGAUAAUGCCACAGAAUCUAUUGCCUCCACAGACUUCGCUCGUCCAGACGAUGUUGCUAGUCUUGCGGACACAGAGCGCAGCGGAGAGGAGAGUGGGGACGAUGAAACAUCAGAUGCACCUAUUCCAGACUUUCCAAGCUUCGACCAGGCUGUCGAGCAAGCUUUCGAUACUCCCACAAUAGGACGCAGCGCUGCUGCCUUCAUCGAGGAAAGCGAGCGGCCUCUAGUACAGUCUAUCGAGUUCGAGGAGCCGUUCAGCCUCGGCGCUGAGAAUGUUUCGGUCAAACACACUGUUGCCGACUUCAACGAGGCAAAGACAACUAGAAUAGCGGCAGACAUGAAGCUCGAGAACCCGCCGAAACGUUUAGUCGUAACGAUCCGCCAAACUAUGACCAAGCAGGGACUUUUCACACGGGAUCCUCUUCGAAUACUCUACGUUGGCAGUCACUCAGCUAAGCAAGAUAUCAUCCACAAGCUAGCGAGCUCAGUUACGGCUUCUACAGAGGGUGAUAAGCGUGCACAGCACCUUCGUUAUUCAGCCUCUCAACUGUACAAUGUUGUUCCUGUCUCUGCUUUUGGCUCUGAGCGUACCCCGGAGAUCGAACUAAUGCACUCAUCCGGAUAUCAAAUCAAGGUCGAGGAUUGUGUUUCUGCCCAGACGUUGAAAUUCGAGGAUUCUCCCGAGAAGCCUGAUGUCAUCAAACUGACGUUAGAGGACAACUUCUCUUAUCACUCUGUUCCUGAGGGUCAAGGAUUUACUGUUGAGCCACACUGGGAAUUACCUCACAUUGCGGUCUUCUACUGCUCGGAUAGCGACGGCGUUGACGCCACUCGGACGAGAUUAGUAGCAAGAAAGUUCAUGAGCCGCCACUUUAUCCCUUCUGUUGUCAUAUCACACAAGCAGUUGUUCAAGCGGGCCCAAUGUAUGUCGCUGGACCAACAUUCUAUCCAUAUGUGCUUGGAGUCACGAGAUACGAGUGGCAGAGGAAAUGUCAUCCAUCAACGGCUUCCUAUCGACCUCGCUUCGUUCUUGAAUAUCGAUGCGAGGCAGAUGAACAGAAAUCUUGCAUACCUCACUGGACUACACGAGCCUCUGGAAGAGUCUCAAGUUACAGUUUCUCCUACAAAGAAACAGACUGAGCCCGUUGACCAACCCGACCUUGAGAAGACAUCCUUCAGCAUCAGCGAUAGUGUCAGUUUUAUUCGCCAUCGAAAUGGUGCUGAAUGGCGAGCGCUUAUGCCGGUUGGACUGCUGCUUCUGAGUGUUUUUGCUGCAGUCUUGACAGGCGUUCCAAGCUACCGGUUCUCGAGCAAGCCUGCCAUCUCAAUCAACAGUAAGACCAUGUCAACCAUUCCUAUUUCUUCCACCAAGCCCCUCACCGAGCCUGCACUUGUGCAGAGUAUCACGUCGGCCAGUUCAGUCCCCGUCAGCACUGCUACACGUACAGUGACCGUCACCCAAGCACAUUCAUCAGCGCCCAAUAGUCUCUCUGUUUUUUCUUCGAUGGAAGUUGCAAAAGCAUCUCAGAAAUUUCAGGAUCAACCCAAGUCUACUAACAAGUCCGUCUGCUCUGCCCAAGUUCUUGGAGAUAGAGAGAUACUUAUCCGCAUCCCCUCCGCUACGAAACUAAGCUGGUUAAUCAAGGAAGCUAUGUCUGUUAAUAUCACAAGAGGUAAUGAAAUCGUUGACACUGAGCGUGCCUACAGCUCUGAUGACGGUAUUGUGCUACUUCUGUCUAAGAAGGAGGCCUACGGGGUGAUGAAUGUUUCUAUUAUUACCACCAAGAAGCCGAGAGUCAAUGAAACAUUCCAACUAGAUUUUGGCACGCCCUCCUCUAAACUAUGGCAACCCUUCAUAGACAAUAUGCCUUCCUGGUUCUCGGACGAAUUCAUGCAUCCGCCCUCCAUUUCGGAGAUACGGUCCACAACUGAAAAGGUCCUCGAGAAUGCGCGAAUUCAAUCGCAAUCUACACUGAAUCGAAUGGAAGAUGCUAGGAAAGUUGCCAUUGAACAAAUAACUUCAGCUACUGAAAGCAUCACCGACCUAGGCAAAGCCAUGUCUCUUGAAGUUGCCAAACGGAGCGCUAUCUUUUCGAAGGAAAUCAGUAUUCAAGUUGCAGAGGCUGAAGCCAGGCUGACGAAAACAAUGAAGGAUACCCUUCAAGAGCCGGUAAGCGAGGGGUUAUUCAAAGCUCAGGUCCAGUCAAGGCUUCUUUGGCUCAAGAUGCAAGGCAACGAGGACGAGUAUAAAAAAUAUGAGAAAGCUGCUAUGGAGGCGGCACACCAGAGGGCAGAGAGAUCAAAGAUGGCAAGCGCAAAUGGGAAGUGUAAGAAAGAUAGGAAGAAGGGCCAGGAGGUGAGAUGUGCAGAGAAGAAAGCCGGUAGUUGCAGAGCCAACAGGGCUGCGAGGAAGGAAACGAGGGCAGCGAAGAAAUUAGCCAAGAACAAGAAGCCUUAA